CUCUCUCCCGUAAUCGUAUUGACUCGUCUCCUCUUCAUAUUAUUAUACUACUAGGAAAUUUUCUCUCUGACCAGAGCAGUCUCAGAAAAACCCUAGCAUCACAAUGGCAGACCCGCCGUUGGUCGCCGGUACGAUCUCUCCAAACCACACCACUACCUCCGACUUCAACGCGCUACCAAUUCCACCUCUCGAUCCAACCAUUUUCUCCGAAGACCUCAUUUUACCCGACGAUCACUUCCUCCAAGACUUCGACAUCGAUUACGACCUUGACUUCACCUUCGAUGAUCAUCUUUACCAAGACUUUCUAACCACUUUACCCUCUUCAGUUGAACCGUCCGCCUCCCCCGAUAUCUCCACCCUUCCCAGCGACGCCUUUCCUAGGGUUUCCAAUAAUCAGUCCGCUACCCUCAAUCCUGGCCAUCCAGUUUCUGCGGAUCCCACCUUCAAUCUUUCUAAUUCUCCGUCGUCAGGAUUUUCUCAGGAUCACUGCUCCGAUGUUUCUAGGUUCUUGAACGUUCCAUCGCCUGAAUCCGGUGGAUUCAAUCUCGAAUCUUCGCAUGAAUCCGACAAUAAGUGCUUGAAUGCCGCCGCCGCUGCUAGGGUUUUGGAUUACCCCUCACCCGACUCUGAAAUUCGCAACGACCAAAUUUCUGGGCCUGCAUCGUCUCAGGGUUCUGGCAAUUGCGGUUCUGCUGUUUUGGAUACUCAUAAUUAUCCGUCACCUGACUCGGGUAACUCUUCUCGAUCUCUACCUUCUUCUCUCGAUUGCGCAAAUAAUUCUCUCGAUGGUGACGGUGCUGAGGAUCAGAAGAUUAAAUUGGAGGAGUUGGGCAACAAUUUCUUGUUAAAAAGAAAGAAAGAGAAUGAAGAUGUGAAUUCUGUACCAAGGACGAGUAAGUAUAGGAGGUCGAAUGGUGUAGACAAUGCCAAUCCUCCACCCUUGUGUGGUUUCGAUGAUACGACAAACGAAGAGGAGGAGAAGAAGAAGGCGAGGUUGAUGAGGAACAGGGAAAGCGCACAACUCUCUAGGCAGAGAAAGAAGCAUUAUGUUGAGGAGCUUGAGGAUAAGGUGAGAACAAUGCAUUCCACAAUUCAAGAUUUGAAUUCCAAGAUUUCAUAUAUAAUGGCUGAAAAUGCGAGUUUGCGGCAACAAUUGAGUGGUGGUGCCAUGUGCCCUCCUCCCACAGUGCCGCAUCCAGGCAUGUACCCUCACCCUCCGCCCAUGGGUUAUCCAUGGAUGCCCUGUCCUCCUUAUGUCGUCAAAUCACAAGGGUCUCAGGUUCCUUUGGUUCCAAUUCCUAGAUUGAAACCGCAGCAACCUGCCCAAGCACCCAAGGCUAGGAAGGCCGAGACUAAAAGGACCACUGAGGGCAAAACCAAGAAGGUCGCAAGUGUGAGUUUUCUAGGUUUGUUGUUUUUUAUCAUGCUUUUUGGUGGGCUAGUUCCAAUGGUAAAUGUUAAAUAUGGAGGAAUGAGGGAUGAUGUUACCGGUGAAAGAAAUCAUAUUGGUAAUAAAUUUAAUGACCAGCACCCCGGGAGGGUUUUGACGGUUAAUGCCCAUCUGAAUGGAACUGACCAGAACAUAGGAAUAGGUUUAUCUAAUGGGAAAUUUGGUGCUGGAAAAGAUUUAACUAAUACUAUCCACCGUGGUGGAAGCCACAUUGGAGGAGCCGAGUCAAAUAUUGAGCCAAAAGGACGAGGAUCACACCCUUUGUCUGGUUCAGAUGAAUUUGGUCACAUGCACAAUGCAAGUGAGCCUCUUAUUGCUUCUUUGUAUGUCCCGAGAAAUGAUAAGCUUGUGAAAAUUGAUGGCAACUUGAUUAUUCAUUCUGUUCUGGCGAGUGAGAAAGCCAUGGCAUCUCGUGAAACUCCCGAGACGAAGAGCAGAGAGACUGGUUUGGCAGUUCCAAGGAAUUUGUCUCCAGCUAUCCCUCUCUCUGGAAGGAAUAGUGGAAGACAUCCCCGCCUAUACAGAAAUCCAACAGAGCGUCAAAGGGCUAUUGCUUCUGGUGCUGCAGAAAAGGACAAUUUGAAGUCAAAAUCUGCGGAUGGUAAAUUGCAGCAGUGGUUCCGUGAAGGCCUUGCUGGUCCAAUGUUACGAUCUGGCAUGUGCACUGAAGUUUUCCAGUUUGAUGUCUCACCAGCGUCUGCUCCGGGAGCCAUAAUUCCAGCGACCUCAGUUAGGAAUAUUUCUAUGGAUCUCCAUCGGAAUUCAACGCAACUGAAUAAAGGGAGGAAUAGGAGGAUUCUCCAUGGUCUUCCAAUUCCACUUCCUGGAUCGGUCAAUAUUACUAAAGAACACGUGGGAAGGAAUUCAGAGAAAGACAACUUUCAGGGAAAUGAUUCUCUCUCUUCAAUGGUUGUAUCAGUGCUUGUUGAUCCGAGGGAGGCUGGUGACAGCGAUGGUGAUGGGAUGAUGGGACCAAAGUCCCUCUCUCGGAUUUUUGUUGUUGUGCUUUUAGACAGUGUUAAGUAUGUCACUUAUUCAUGCAUGCUUCCGCUAAAGGGAACUGGUCCUCAUCUAGUUACUACUUGAGGAUAUGGGAGAAGGGUCAAGGAUUGAUGGAGAAGUAAAAACAAUAUGCAUCUGCAGAUCCAGUUUUGUAAAUAGCGAAAAUCUGUGUGGCUCUUACAACUUCAGCACCAUCUUCAUGCACUAAAUUCAGUUUACCUUUAUUUAACGAAUGUUUGCAUAUGGAUGAAUUAUAUUUUUAUGUAGUACUUCUAAUCUUUGGUGACAAUGCAGAAGCAUAGACCUUCAGUCAGUCCUUCCACUUUAAUGUGUUUUAACUUUUUACAUAAUAGGGAGUGCGUGUUGAAUUCUCCA